AUGCCUGGCGGUGGGAGUAUUGGCUACCCUAUUUUCCGCCUAGACUAUUCCAAUGAUGAGGAUUUUGAACUCUAUAAGAUGUACUGGGACCAUUUUCUAAAGACGGAGUUCUAUGUGCCAGAAGUUGUAGACCCGGAUGACAUUACCUGGUUUUGGGUCAAUGAUAAAACUAGACUUGACGGGAAAGGUCCACUUGAAGUUCGAAGACUCUUUCAAGAACUUUGUGUUACUGCGUUUCCACCAGGAUCAAAAUUCCUUUGGCUCUGCUUAACGGUGGACCGCGAGGCAAUCGAAUCCAUGCUUCGGGUCUAUGGUCCGCCGGCAAAACAGGUCCUGGAAGCUCUUCCAUUAAGUCUACCAAGCGUCAGGACAAAGGAAAUAUCGUUCCUGCCGUAUGUCGCUGCAGUGGAUACUACUUGGGCAGAAGCAAACGGCGACGAAAUCACAAACCCAAUACAAGACGGUUCUCAAGUUAAUGACGGAAAGUACCGCGGACAGUUCAAAUGUGCUCUGCGGAGCGUGUUUAGGCUUUGGCAAAUGGAGCAGGUUAUACAGCCAGAAGAGUUAUACCCAAAGAACGGAAAGAUCUGGGGUGACACUAGCGUUGUGUUUGAGACGCCACUGAUAGAUUGA